AUGGCCGGCCCCCGACAGCCAGGUCUACGGGGGCCUGGGGUGCCUCCUGCCCCAUAUGUCUGCCCAUCUCUCCCACAGGUAGACCCCUACCUGCCCUACGAGUACACCUGUGAGGGGAUGCUGGAGCGAAUCCAUGCCUACAUCCAGCACCAAGACUUCUGUGCAGCCCCAGGCCCUGCUCCAGUAGGGGCCCGGGCCCCACUGAGUCCCUUCGUCCUGGCCCCCAAUGCCACCCACCUGGAGUGGGCCCAGAAUGCCAGCUUCGCCCCCGGGGCCUGGCCCCCAGCACACUCCCUCCGGGCCUGGCUGGCUACCGCUGGGAGGGCCUGCACGGACGUGUGCCUGGACCACGGGCUGAUUUGCGAGCCCUCCUUCUUCCCCUUCCUUAACAGCCAGGACGCCUUCCAGAGGCUGCAGGUGCCCUGUGACAGCACCGAGUCAGAGAUGAACCACCUGUACCCGGCCUUCGCCCAGCCCGGCCGCGAGUGCUUCCUGCAGAAGGAGCCUCUGCUCUUCAGCUGUGCGGGCUCCAGCACCAAGUACCACCGGCUCUGUCCCUGCCGAGACUUCCGGAAGGGCCAGGUGGCCUUAUGCCAGGACUGUCUGUGAGGGCGCCCACCCGUCUGGCCCUCCCUGCCGCCGGAGAAAGCACCAGCAGAUUCCGAGCUCCAGCGACCCGCCCUCCCCUCGACACCCCCACGCUGGAGCUUCUUCCUUGGCCAGGAAGUGGGCAGAGCAGACUCGUGCACAGGGUUAGGGGCGGGCCACUCAUCCACGGGCGGGGUGCCCGCCCCAGGCAGGCUCCUCGACCUCGUCUUGGGGCUCGUGGCAGCAUCGUGGCCAAGCAGCUCUGGGAUUGGUCAGGGGCCCCAAUGGCAGGAGCAGGUGGUCAGAGGCCCCUUGCUUUGUGCAAGGCCAAUCCUGGACCAGACUGAGGGCCCUGGUCCUUCUUGGGCCCAGGAUGGGGCCUCAGAAUGUAUGCGGAGGGAGCAGGGGCAGUGUGCCCGAUGGCCCACUGCAGGGUCCAGGGAGAGGGGAGUGAUGUGUGAGGGCUCAGUCUUGUCCCUCUGCGGUUGUUUGGGGUAUGGACAAAAGGAACAAGGGACUGGGGGACCCUGCUCAUGCCUGUUCAUGCCUCCUCUCAGCCCCACUCCUCCUGCCUUCGCCAUCUCCCCCUCCCCUCUAUACUUGGGGGGCGCAGCGGGAGUGGGGCGCCACCUAGCUCCUGGGUUGAACUGUUUCCCUCUCCUGCUUGCUCCGGCGCUCUCCACUUUGGGCUUCUCCCGAAACUCAUCUUGGCAUGACUGCGAUUCCAGGCCGUGGAUUUGUCCCCAGAGCCUCAGUCCCCAGCCCAGCAGGCUCUGGAACCCCACCCCCCAGCAUCUCGUGUAGGCAAAGGCUUGGGAUGGAGCUUCAGCCCCAUGGCACGCCUAGCCCAGCUCCUGGCGUCCCAGGCCUGCCAGCCCCCAGGUAGCCCCCACCCCCUCGAUGCUGCCCGUCCCCACCUCCAGCUUUCUCCAGCCUCAAACCACCUCUGGACCCAACUGUCCUCUCUGUAUGGUAUGCCUGAGCCCGGCCCCAGGAUGCCCUUUCCCCUCCUCCCCAUGCCCAGAGCCCUGCCUGAUUAAACUGGUAGGGCCUUCAGAGACACUGCCACCCCACCCCGUUUUAUAAUCCCACCCCCCCCACCAGGCAACUCCCCCCCACCCAGGCCUGCCCCUCCCCCCUGCCAGGGAGGCAGCCCAGGCCCUGAGAGCUGGCAGAGGGGAGCCAGCCCUCGGGCUGAGCAGGGGCCCUCCCAUCCAAGACCCCUCUCCGGGCCUGGGUGGCCCCUGCGGCCGCCGAAACUCAGUGGUCACCAAGGACCUGACCUGUCGGGGGAAAGCAAUAGAGACACUCUUUUCUCUCUCUCUUUUUUUAAAAAUUUAUUUCUUGAAAUAAUAAAUAUUUUAUUGGGA